CCCGUCGUGCCCCGCGGCGGGAGCGCGCGGCCCCGUCUGGCGGGCCGGGCGGGCGCCAUGUCGGCGGCAGCGCCCGCCGCGCUGUGCCUGUUCGACGUGGACGGCACCCUCACCGCGCCGCGGCAGAAAAUCACGGCGGAGAUGGCGGCGUUCCUGCAGGAGCUGCGGCGGAAGGUGAAGGUCGGAGUGGUGGGAGGGUCCGACUUCGAGAAGAUCAAGGAGCAGCUUGGCGAGGACGUGGUUGAAAAAUUUGACUACGUUUUUGCAGAAAACGGUCUUGUAGCCUACAAAGAUGGGAAGUUCUUGAGCAAGCAGAACAUUCAGGGGUACCUGGGCGAGGACAUACUUCAGGAUCUGAUCAACUACUGCCUGAGUUACAUUGCGAAGAUUAAACUGCCAAAGAAAAGGGGCACUUUUAUUGAAUUCCGAAACGGGAUGUUAAAUGUGUCUCCCAUUGGAAGAAGCUGCAGCCAGGAAGAACGAGUUGAGUUCUAUGAACUUGAUAAAAAGGAACAUAUACGAGAGAAAUUUGUAGCUGAUUUACGAAGAGAAUUUGCAGGAAAAGGCCUCACAUUUUCUAUAGGAGGCCAGAUAAGCUUCGAUGUGUUCCCAGAUGGCUGGGAUAAGCGGUACUGCUUAGGAAUCGUUGCCAAUGAUGGAUACAAGACCAUUUAUUUCUUCGGAGAUAAGACUAUGCCAGGAGGGAAUGACUAUGAAAUUUUCACAGACUCCAGAACAGAAGGGCACAGCGUCACAUCUCCACAGGAUACAAGAAGAAUCUGUGAAGAGCUAUUUUUUAAAUAAAAGACUUUUAGGAUUUACUCUUAUAAAAUGGUUAAGACACCUUAAUAACUCAAAACUUUCUUCCUGCUGUAUGGUGUUUUGUAAUUGGUCAUGAAUAGCAAGUGCUUUAUAGGUCAGUCAUUACCGAAGGGAAAUAUUUUGUUGCUCAGCAGUAGAAUACAGCAGAGCUCAUUGAGCACCAUCCUUCCCCGGUUCCCAUUCACACAGGUAUUUUGUUUUCUUUUUUGUUGGUUGUGGGUUUUGGGCUGGGUUGGGAUUUAAGACAUCAGUAAACUUCCUUAGCUAACUAAUUACACUGGGGGAGGGGGGAGGAGAAAUAAUCUGAUUUAUGAUCUCAAAAUUAGCCUGCAAGGCUUUAUCCCUUGUUUUUAUUAAGCUGCUAUUUAAAAGAUGAAUGUUUUAGCAUUGUUUGGGAUUUUUUUUUAAAUACUACCUUUUGCUAUAAAAUCAUGAAUUAUCAGGCAGAUGCGAUCUUCUCGUUUAAAACUGGAAGAUGAGUAAAAGAGAGAGGUGUUCUUUCUCUCUGGGGCUGGGAAGGCAGAACUGCACGGUCAGAAGGUGCAUCAGUUCUGCCACCAGUGGAAUGGCUGGGCCAGCUGCUGCUGAAGUUACUCCUCAGUACAGCUGCGGUGCCAGUGCACAGUACAGCUCAUGGUACUUAACACUUUUUGCAGACUGUUUUUAAAUCUAAAAAUUAUAAAAAUUAAAUCUUGAGCUCAGCAGAAAAAUACAUUUCUGUCACUAAUUACACUCCUGAUUUUCCUGGUAAGACAUUAAGAGUAAGUGAGAUUUUAGUACUAAGAAAAUGAUGUAAACUCUGUUUCUGCUAAAUUUCAAGUUGAAGCAUGAGAAUCUGUAACUGUUAAUACUACUUGUCUCAUCUGGCAUUAGGCAAGCAAUCUUGUUUAAAACAGUUUAGUGAAGGAGAAUAAAAAUCUUGUAACAAAAAA